GCCCCCGGCGCGCCCGCGUCCCUGGCCGGCUGCUGCUCCGCUCCGCGCAGGGCCCCCCUGUGCACGUGCCUCCUCCUGUGCGCCGCGCUCCGGACCCUCCUGGCCAGCCCCAGCAGCGAAGUGAAUUUAUUGGAUUCACGUACUGUCAUGGGGGACUUGGGAUGGAUUGCUUUUCCAAAAAAUGGGUGGGAAGAGAUUGGUGAAGUUGAUGAAAAUUAUGCCCCUAUCCACACAUACCAAGUAUGCAAAGUUAUGGAGCAGAAUCAGAAUAACUGGCUUUUGACCAGUUGGAUUUCCAAUGAAGGUGCUUCCAGAAUCUUUAUAGAACUCAAGUUUACUCUGCGGGACUGCAACAGCCUUCCUGGAGGACUGGGAACCUGUAAGGAAACCUUUAACAUGUAUUACUUUGAGUCAGAUGAUGAGAACGGGAGAAACAUCAAGGAAAAUCAGUACAUCAAAAUUGAUACCAUUGCUGCCGAUGAAAGCUUUACAGAGCUUGAUCUUGGUGACCGGGUUAUGAAACUGAAUACAGAGGUCAGAGAUGUAGGACCUCUAAGCAAAAAGGGAUUUUAUCUUGCUUUUCAAGAUGUUGGUGCUUGCAUUGCUCUGGUUUCUGUGCGUGUAUACUAUAAAAAAUGUCCUUCUGUGGUACGACACUUGGCUGUGUUCCCUGACACAAUCACUGGAGCUGAUUCUUCGCAGUUGCUUGAAGUGUCGGGCUCCUGUGUCAACCAUUCUGUGACAGAUGAACCACCCAAAAUGCACUGCAGUGCUGAAGGGGAGUGGCUGGUGCCCAUCGGGAAAUGCAUGUGCAAGGCAGGAUAUGAAGAGAAAAAUGGCACCUGUCAAGUGUGCAGACCUGGGUUCUUCAAAGCCUCACCUCACAGCCAGAGCUGCAGCAAAUGUCCACCUCACAGUUAUACCCAUGAGGAAGCUUCAACCUCUUGUGUCUGUGAAAAGGAUUAUUUCAGGAGGGAGUCUGAUCCACCCACAAUGGCAUGCACAAGACCCCCCUCAGCUCCUCGGAAUGCCAUCUCAAAUGUUAAUGAAACUAGUGUCUUUCUGGAAUGGAUUCCUCCUGCUGACACUGGUGGAAGGAAAGAUGUAUCAUAUUAUAUUGCAUGCAAGAAGUGCAACUCCCAUGCAGGUGUGUGUGACGAGUGUGGCGGUCAUGUCAGGUACCUUCCCCGGCAAAUCGGCCUGAAAAACACCUCUGUCAUGAUGGUGGAUCUGCUCGCUCACACAAACUAUACCUUUGAGAUUGAGGCAGUGAAUGGAGUGUCCGACUUGAGCCCAGGAGCCCGGCAGUAUGUGUCUGUAAAUGUAACCACAAACCAAGCAGCUCCAUCUCCAGUUACCAAUGUGAAAAAGGGGAAGAUUGCAAAAAACAGCAUCUCUUUGUCUUGGCAAGAGCCAGAUCGUCCAAAUGGAAUCAUCCUGGAGUAUGAAAUCAAAUAUUUUGAAAAGGACCAGGAAACCAGCUAUACAAUCAUCAAAUCUAAGGAGACAACUGUAACUGCAGAAGGCUUGAAACCAGCUUCAGUGUAUGUCUUCCAAAUUCGAGCACGCACAGCAGCAGGCUAUGGUGUCUUCAGUCGAAGAUUUGAGUUUGAAACUAUCCCAGUGUCAGUUGCAGCAUCCAGCGAUCAAAGCCAGAUUCCUAUAAUUGCUGUGUCUGUGACAGUGGGAGUCAUUUUGUUGGCAGUGGUUAUUGGCUUCCUCCUCAGUGGAAGUUGCUGCGAGUGUGGCUGUGGAAGGGCUUCUUCCCUGUGCGCUGUUGCCCAUCCAAGCCUAAUAUGGCGGUGUGGUUACAGCAAAGCAAAACAAGAUCCAGAAGAGGAAAAGAUGCAUUUUCAUAAUGGGCACAUUAAACUGCCGGGAGUAAGAACUUACAUUGAUCCACACACCUAUGAGGAUCCCAAUCAAGCUGUCCAUGAAUUUGCCAAGGAGAUAGAAGCUUCAUGCAUCACCAUUGAAAGAGUUAUUGGAGCAGGUGAAUUUGGUGAAGUUUGUAGUGGACGUUUGAAACUUCCAGGAAAAAGAGAAUUACCUGUGGCAAUCAAAACCCUGAAAGUAGGCUAUACAGAAAAGCAACGCCGAGAUUUCCUGGGUGAAGCAAGUAUCAUGGGACAGUUUGAUCAUCCUAACAUCAUUCACUUGGAAGGUGUUGUGACCAAAAGCAAACCAGUGAUGAUAGUGACAGAGUACAUGGAAAAUGGCUCUUUAGAUACAUUUUUAAAGAAAAACGAUGGGCAAUUCACCGUGAUUCAGCUCGUUGGCAUGCUGAGAGGCAUCGCUGCAGGAAUGAAGUACCUUUCCGACAUGGGUUACGUGCAUAGAGACCUUGCUGCCAGAAACAUCUUAAUCAACAGUAACCUUGUGUGCAAAGUGUCUGACUUUGGACUUUCCAGGGUGCUGGAAGAUGAUCCUGAGGCAGCCUACACCACGAGGGGAGGCAAAAUUCCAAUCAGAUGGACUGCUCCAGAAGCUAUAGCUUUCCGAAAGUUUACCUCUGCCAGUGAUGUCUGGAGCUAUGGAAUAGUGAUGUGGGAGGUUGUGUCUUAUGGAGAGCGGCCCUAUUGGGAGAUGACCAAUCAAGACGUGAUUAAAGCAGUAGAGGAAGGCUACCGUCUGCCAAGCCCCAUGGACUGCCCUGCUGCUCUCUACCAAUUAAUGCUGGAUUGCUGGCAGAAGGACCGAAAUAGCAGGCCCAAGUUUGAUGAGAUCGUCAACAUGUUGGAUAAACUGAUACGUAACCCAAGUAGUUUGAAGACACUGGUUAAUGCAUCGAGCAGGGUAUCUAAUUUAUUGGCAGAACAUGGCCCACUGGGAUCUGGGGCCUACAGAUCAGUAGGUGAAUGGCUAGAAGCAAUCAAAAUGGGCCGGUAUACAGAGAUUUUCAUGGAAAAUGGAUACAGUUCAAUGGACGCUGUGGCUCAGGUCACCUUGGAGGAUUUGAGACGGCUUGGAGUGACUCUUGUUGGUCACCAGAAGAAGAUCAUGAACAGCCUUCAAGAAAUGAAGGUUCAGCUGGUAAACGGGAUGGUGCCACUGUAACUUCAUUUUAAUGUCACUUCGUCAAGUGAAUGAUUCUGCACUUUGUAAACAAGCCCCGAGAUUUAUUUUAACAAAAAUAAAUAAAUAAUAAAUAAAUAAAUAAAAGGGGGUGGGGAGGGAAAACUCCGUGAUUUCUAAACCGUAGGAGAGCAUUUGUUUCAGCCACAGAAUUUGUAAUCAGUGUUUUGCUAAAAUCUCCUUAUCUUCUGCAGUGUCUUCAUUUUUCAUGAAGCAAAUAUCACCUACGUGGAAUAAAAACAUGAGGUUAAACAUUAUUUUAUGUUGCAACAAGCAAAUCCUUUCCACUCCUUCUACACAAUUUUGUAAAUGAAAAAUGUAACUAUAUAGAGCAUCUUUACAGACUGAAUUAAGGCAGCCCCUUUCAAAACUUCCAAGAAUCUACUUGAAAGGAAAAGUUUAUAGCCAUCUGUGGGCUAACAAAAGCUGAAUUUACUGAAGUUUACUUCAAAUCUGAAUUGUCUACAGAAGUGUAUUGAAGAGCAAUAUGAUUAGAUAAUUUCUUAAUAGAUACCUUCUUUUGUAAUUUUAAAAUGCUGUUACACAGCGUUAAGUUAUAGACUCUAGUGUAUAAAUAUGUUGCUUGAUCAAGGACAAGUACAAUACAGGGUGUAUAUUUAUUUUUCUGUGUUAUAAAAUGUACUUUUAGUUGCUCUUCUAGAAACUACUAGGUAAUACGUGUGUAUAUACUGUAUAAUUUGCUGUAUACCCAGGAAUCAAUUUAAGUUGCAGUUUUGUGUGUGGUGCUUGCACAUGUGUGCGUUACCAUUCUGCUUGCAUUUUUAAUAAUGUUUUAAUUUUAACAACAUAUGAGAACAAGUGUUCCAGAGUGUCAUAUGAAUAGGAGAAGUAGGGAAGCACUAAAACGAAAAUUUAACACAAGCUUGUGUCUUUCUUCCUCUCAUAUGUCCAAAAGCUACUAAAUCUCUUUAUUCACUAACAGGAAAUGUCUAUAAGAUUAAAUCCCCUUUGGCUUUUUGAAAACACUUUGUGAUAUCUGUGACAAUGCAGUUCUUCUAGCCAUUAAUCUUGCACCCCUGUAAGAAAUUUCACCUUUCUGAGUCCCAGAAAAUAUCUUGUCAAGCAAAGUUGACACCAAGGGCACAUUUUCAGCAGGACGUAGAAGGAUUUAACUGUGCAGGCUCUGUUAAUGUUGUUAAAUCCAGGCACAUAGCACUAAGCAUUACCCCUAAGUGUUAAUCCUUUGUAACCAUUUCCCUGUGGUUCAGCUCUAGAAAUUUUGAUACUAAGGCAGCAAUGGAAUGAUUAAAUACAUCAUAUAUAUGUAUUUCCCUCAGAAUUGUCUUUGUUUCAAAAGUUAACAAGUUUUAUUUGUCAAUGACUGCUUAUCCAUUUGGUAAUUUCAUCUUGUAUUCAGUUUCAUCAAAUUGAAUUGAUAAAUCAGUCCAAAGUAUUAUUUAGUUGAUAUGUUCUAUGUACAUGUACCACUCUUGGUGAAAACUAACAUUCGUGUUAUGUUAUACGGUUUGUUAGAAUUUGAACAAAACUGAGCUCCUCGGUGAAAUAACGAUUUUUUUUUUUACAGUAUCGCAUUUUGGAAUGACAUAUGAUUACUCAAGGAGCACAGUCUUUGAACAAAAUAUAGCCUAUUUAUGAUUAUCAGGGCAAUAGUAUAUUGGAAUAGUCUGGUUUAAUGAAAUCUGUAGAAAAUAUACCUGCAUGAUAUUAAUGGUAUUCUCUCUUCCAAGCACUUGUUUUAGUUGGAUGUUAGAAUAUACAAGAAUAAAUCUUUAAGGAAUAACUUCUUUCUACCUUGCCCACCUUUUACUUAAGCAGUAAGGUAACUCUUUGCUAAAGAACUGGCAAAACAAAACAAAACAAAAAAGCAAAAAAAAAAAAAAAAAAAUUCUAAGCAGUUCUCAGAUGGUAUAUUUAGUCCAGCCCCAUUAUGGCUAUAAUUACUUAUUAGGUCUAUACUGUACCAUGGGUCCUAACAAAAUACACAUCAAGUAUACUUUAAUAGAUUAGUGAAAUUUGCAAAGAAAGUAGAGGAAGGUCGAUUUGGCACUGUCUUGAUAAAAUCACAAGUAGUAGGCAUCACCAUUAUGAAAUACACCUUUGUGCAUUUCAAGAAAAGAACUGACAUGAUUCAUUUUGUACAAAAUAAUUGGAGACUGUUGCACUUUAUUGAAUUUUGUAAAAACAGAAAAACAAACAAAAAAUUAAUUUAAGUGAUAGAGUAACAAUUGAGAAACUUCCAAGUAGGAAUAGACAUAUUGACUUAAAAUACAAACUAUCAUAAAUGUUAGGACUAGACAUAAUAACUCACAUAUAGCAAAGAUAUUUUCUGAAUUGUCUUCUACAUUUAUAUGUUCAAAAUUGAUUUAGAGGUCAACACAGAUAUAUCUAAGUGAUUAGAAUUUAAAGUUACAAAAAAAAAAGAAUUUAAAGUUACAAUGUAGAUUUCUUCUUUUUCACAAAAGAACAUUAUAAAUUAAUAUGGAUCAGAUUCCUUUGCAAUCUUGGUAUUCCUUUUGGAACGUAAAUGGAGAUGAAAGUUAGACACAUAGAUUUCAUCUAUAUCUCACUUUGGUUGAGAAUUUCUAAGGAAUGUCAAUCUGAUUUUAAAAGAAAUAGACUUUCAAAUAAGAAAUGCCCUCUUCCACAUUAAAAAAAAGGAAAGAAUUCCUUUCUAAAAUAUUUAUUCACCACUGGAUAUGUCACCAAUUGGGAAGUGCCAAUCUCAUCUAUAAAUGUGAGAAGUGGAACAAGAAGAAGAGGCAGCUCUUGUGAAAUGCAGCGAGGCAGUAACCUAGGGCGAGGUUUGACAAAUCUUGAUUGUGUGAUUUCCUAUCCUUUUGGUUCAUUCUGCCACCCACCAGACAACUAAAAAUAAAACACAGGCUCAAUAAUUUUAGCACAUAAGAUAGCUUUGUCAAAUAAUACAUAAUGUUAUUGUAACUAUCAAGUAGCAAUACCCUUAAAGCAUGAGUCAUUCUCAGUGUUGAACCUGGAAAAAUAAGUACAAGCAGGGAGUCUUUUUCAACCUACUGGUAACCUGUUGAAUUCACUCAAUUACUAUUUUUAUCAAUCAUAGUUUGUUUCCUAAUCUUCCCAUUUGCUCAUAUGUUCUUCUUGGCCAUUGAAAUAUCUGAAUUGUAUGUAAAAAUGUAAAGAUUUUGAUUUUUCCAUGUAAAAAAAAUAUGCAUGGUCUUUUAUUUCUUCUCUUUUAAGCACCAAGUCAGUGUUCUAAAGUUGUAUAAUUACUGUAAAAAUUAUAUUCCAAUACUCUAUAUAAACUUAAAUGUGGCCAGCAUUAUUAUUUCAGAGUUGCCAUACAAUACAGAACAUCCUUCACUUAGUUUGUAAAGAGUUUUAACCAGUGUGCAAUGGUGAAGAGAUAGUUUCACCUCAUAAGUUUAAAAUGAAAAAUUAAUAUCUGUUGAACACUUAUGUGUUUGCAUGUCUGCUAUUUAAUCUCUAUGUGAAAGUCAAAAAAAAAUUUUUUUCAAACACCUGUUCUUUCUCCCAUUUAAAGUGGGCUUGCAGAAGCACAAGUAGAAAUAUUUACCUGUAGAAAAGAUUUUUGUUUGUAAUGGUGCGUGGGAUAGCAAAUUUGCUUCAGAUGUUAGAAAUUUACUAGAUGUAUGAUGUUGCAUAGUAAGAUAAGGUCUUUUUCCCAUUUUUGUCUUUCAAAAAAUAGGAAAAAAAAGCUAAGUAUGAUAGUAAACUGUCUUUUCUUAUGUCCCACCAGAUGUUUAACCUCAAAAUAAAUAAAAAGUAGGUACAAUAUGAUGAUGAUGAUGAUGAAUAAACAAUCAAAAUGCUAGUUCCAUUUGAAAUUAAUAACUAGAAUAAGUCAUCAUUUUUUCAACUCUGUAGCACAGCUGGUUACAUUGAAUAUUUUUCUCUAUUAUGCUGUUAAUUAUAUAGUAAUGUAUCAAAGAAGAAAUAGAUAAGAACUUUCUUUUCAUGUUGGUUUAUAAAAAACAUCUUUUUACACAUAAAUGAUUGAAUGUUCUUGUUCAGAAUGACCACAAAAUUAUUGCUUGGGAGAAGACACAAUUCUUUAAAAAGAGAGAGAGAGAAAGAGAGAGGGGAAGUCUAUUUAUAAUAAUGAGAAUCAAAUGUCAUUUGCUUCUUCUAAAUGUAAAUGAAAAAAAUUGAAGGUGGCAAAAUAUGUCAUGUGUAUUCAGUCUGGGCCAUAUUAACAGUAGAGAUUUUAGUGGUCAACAUAUUUGUGAAUCCUUAGAUUGCUAUAGUUUUACAGUUAAUAUUUUUACAGUGUGUAAAUUUCAUUUAUAAUAGUCUGAGAAUAAAACUUAGUCAUUUGUUAAUAUGUUUAUUAAAUUCUCUUAGUUUCAGACAGGUCAGAAGCAGCUGUAUAGAGUAUCUUAUUCUAGGCUAGGCAUCAGGAUAUCUCAAAUCCCUGCCUAAGCAUUAAUUCAAGAAAAGAUUAGCAUUUCUGUAUUUUUCCCCAUUUGAAGCUCUAUGUGCAUUUGGUUUGUGUACAUGUUUUUGUAGUGUAAGAUAUGAAAUUUUAUAUUUUUUCAGAAAAUAAAAAACCCUUUGAAUACAGUUAAA